UUAAAUAUCUUUCUUUUUCCUUUUGGUUGUUUUCUUCUUUAUUACUGUUAUUAUAGACUUUCCUUUAUAAACAUAUAAAAAUUUAAAAUGAGAGAAAUUAUUCAUGUUCAAGUUGGUCAAUGUGGUAACCAAGUCGGUCAAAAGUUUUGGGAAACCAUCAGUCAAGAACAUGGUCUUGAUUCUAACGGCACUUAUGCUGGUGACAAUGAUUUGCAACUUGAGCGUAUCAAUGUCUUUUACAACGAAGGAUCUCAGGGCCAAUAUGUUCCUCGUUCCGUCUUGGUCGAUUUGGAACCUGGUACCAUGGAUGUAGUUCGCUCUAGUCCUUAUGGUAAGCUUUUCCGUCCUGACAAUUUCAUCUUUGGUCAAAAUGGUGCUGGUAAUUCUUGGGCUAGAGGUUACUACACUGAAGGUGCUGAGUUGGUUGAACAAGUCUUGGAUGUGGUUCGUAAGGAAGCUGAACACACAGACUGUCUUCAAGGUUUCCAACUCUGUCACUCUCUUGGUGGUGGUACCGGUUCCG